CUCCUGGCAUUUGAGGACACACGGGAGCUGCAGCUCUUGCACUUCUCGCUCUUCCUGGGCAUCUACCUGGCUGCCCUCCUGGGCAAUGGCCUCAUCAUCACAGCUGUAGCCUUUGACCACCGCCUCCACACCCCCAUGUACUUCUUCCUCCUCAGCCUCUCCCUCCUGGACCUUGGCUCCAUCUCCACCACUGUCCCCAAAUCCAUGGCCAAUUCCCUGUGGGACACCAGGGCCAUUUCCUACUUGGGAUGUGCUGCCCAGGUCUUUUUCUUCAUUUUCUUAUUUUCAGCAGAAUAUUCUCUCCUCACGGUCAUGGCCUAUGACCGCUAUGUUGCCAUCUGCAGACCCCUGCACUAUGGGACCCUCAUGGGCAGCAGAGCUUGUAUCAAAAUGGCAGCAGCUGCCUGGGCCAGUGGUUUUCUCAAUGCUGUACUGCACACUGCUAACACAUUUUCAAUACCGCUCUGCCAAGGCAAUGACCUCAGCCAGUUCUUCUGUGAAAUUCCCCAGAUCCUCAAGCUCUCCUGCUCAGAUGCCUACCUUGGGGAAGUUGGGGCUCUUGUGGUUAGUGCCUGUUUAGCAUUUGGGUGUUUUGUUUUUAUUGUGCUGUCCUACGUGCAGAUCUUCACUGCUGUGCUGAGGAUCCCCUCUGAGCAGGGCCGGCACAAAGCCUUUUCCAUGUGCCUCCCUCACCUGGUUGUGGUCUCCCUGUUUGUCAGCACUGUCAUGUUUGCCUCCCUGAAGCCACCCUCCAUCUCCUCCCCAGCUCUGGAUCUGGUGGUGGCUGUUCUGUACUCGGUGGUGCCUCCAGCAGUGAACCCCCUCAUCUACAGCAUGAGGAACAAGGAGCUCAAAGAUGCACUGAAGAAGCUGAUUCAAAGGGUACAAUGUCAGCACCAAUAA